GUGGCUUUGUCACCAUCUGGAAUGCUCUCAAGAGCAAUUGACCGCCUUGGGGAAUUGUGUGUGUAGAGCAUCAUUUGAACGCUUUGUGAAAAUCUGGAGAAGCGGAGUACAAAAAUAUCCUUUGGCUUUCCGAGCUGCUUGCGCGCGAUUUUGGACUGCGCCAAUGCAAGCUUUCUGGAUCAACCAGUCGCCUUCCCCUUCCCACGCAGAGCCUCAUUCGGCUGCACACCGCACGGGCUGUCAAGAGAGAGCAUGAUCAGGGUUCUUGUUGGACAACAAAGUAUUGUUAAGCCCGAGCAAAACUCGAGCUUCGAAAGAGGUAUGAACUCUGUUAGGCAACCAGUGAUUCCUUCGGCGCCAUGCGAGGUGAAAAGCUCGCUUGGCCAACAACGCGUGACGAUGUGAUCCCUGCAUACCAGCAUAGACAGGCAGUUCAUGGUCUCCUUUCAAGCCUUCGACAAAUCUGGACUUCAACCGAGAAAUAGGCUGGCCCAUAUUGAAAGAUCUACUCUGCUAUCGUUGCAUGGAAGGGAGAUCAACGACCGGCGUCCCUUGGAGUCACCGUUGCCGUGACGGUGUGAAUCUUGCUCUGGUGACCUUUGUUGGCGUCAGCGGGGGGAGAGAAGGAGGGACGAAGUCAUUCUAUUAUUCCUGGCACGAUUUGGGGAGGUCUAUGUAAACCCCUUGAAACCCCUUCCAUUCUGUGGAUGCGAUUUUCAAUCAUUCCCAUCGUUGUCUCAAUAAAGCUAUCUAACGAUUUUACUCGCCAUUUUGUAUUCCACUUAAGUUACGGAGUGUCUACACCAUGAAAUCCUUCACUGUGUUGGCUUCUGCUGUACUCCUUGCCCUCUCGCUUCCUACUACAUAUGCCUCGCCAGCCGAAAUUCGUUCCAGCUCGGGCCACCAGUGUACAACGUACAGCAGACUACUCAGAGAAUAAAACUGUGCUGCCGUUCUAAGAAAUGGAGGUGGUGAAAGGAAGCAGAGAUGCCUUAACAUUAAGGAUAAGAGGGACUUCGGUUGCAAAAACUGCGAAGAGAGUCGGUUUAGAUAUCAAGAAGCAAGCUGUGAUCAGUGUAUAAAGGGGCCAUGCGAAUCUACCUGCAACGAAUUUAGGAACCGGAUAGAGAUAUAUUGCUAAGUGACGGUGGCUAGAAAAUUCCGGGCAUAUAAACGCUAAUCCUGCCUUCAACAAUGGAGCCAACAUUGGAUUGGGAGGUGGUUUUGUCAGAAAAAUGGGACCGAAUGAACGGUAUCGAUGUCGAAAGCGUAACCUUAUUGAUGGGAUACCAAAAAAGAUUGGUGUGCUCUUUCUUUCACUGUUCCAUCUUCUUGUAUCGCUCGGAUAAGCAAAUACGGACAUUAGAGGAUAGGCAUAAGCGGCUUUCAACUAUUGCCCUGUAUUAUUCAAGUCACUCUAGUCUUAUACCAUCCAAACAGCAUCUCUUCUAGUGUCG